AUGGAGGCGAGCAAUGCAUCGCUCUCUGCUCCAGAAGAGUCGCCGACAAGAGUAUCAUCGCGAGCCGCAAGUGUACCCAGGAGAGAAGAGAGACGUGAUUCCGAGAAAGCAGGAAGAGUCUGGGCACGAGGAAUUCUAGACGCAUGGGAUCCUUGUAUAUUGACAUGUGACGGCGGUGGGAUUAGAGGAUACAGCAGUCUGAUCAUAUUAAAAGCGUUGAUGCACGAGAUUUGGAUUUGGGAACAGUAUUAUGACAACCACUCAACAGUGAAUAUUCGUACGGACAGCCCAACGGAGAUGCGAGCCGAUACACCGACAUCGUAUUACAGCGCAGAAAACGACGAACAAGCGCAGGCUGGGGCCCUCCGUGGUCGACACGGCUCUGGUGACGAGCGCGACAAUGAUAUAUACCACGUUGCCGACUUGCAUGGCAUCAACACCAACUUGCCAGACAUCGUGAAAGCUCCCCAAGCAGCUGCAACAACAGUUGUGCAAGACAAGCUCACCACCAACCUCUCGAGGAAGAAAGCUCUGACAGAAGAAGAACUGCUGCCCUGCCACUAUUUUGAUUUCAUGUACGGCACAUCGACAGGCGGCCUCAUUGCGACCAUUCUGGGACGUCUACGAAUGACAGUCACCGAAGCACUGGAGCUGUACCGCAAGGUGGGUGAUGACCUUUUCGGCAAGCGGCGCAGUUCAGUACCCCUCCGCACGAAGUAUCAUCACGAACCCCUCGAACAAGCAGUGAAAGAUAUCACAAAUCAGCUAGAUGACAUGGGCAAGCCUGUUCCAUUCGACGUGGACCUGCCUCGCGUAUGCCAGUCUUGCUGUUUGACAGCGACACACAAUGAGAACAUCAACGAAGCGUACUUAUUACGGUCAUAUCCACAUUUCUACAGCGAGUCCACUCCCAACUGGAUCACACGAUACAACGAAGGCGCGGACGCCAUACCCAUCUGGCAGGUAACUCGCGCCACCUCCGCCGCUCCGUUCUACUUCCAGAUGGUGCAAACCACCAUUGACGAUCUGGGCAUCGAGCGAGAAAGACAUUUCAAAGACGGCGGAAUUCGCGAAAACAAUCCCAGUGCAGCCGCAUUGAGCGAAUUCCACGCACUGUACGAAGGCAAGUCGAAGCAACCCGCUCUGAUGCUAUCCAUAGGCACCGGCCGACCCAAUCAAGCACGAGAUGGCUUUGCCACCAACUGGCCUUCCUGGUUCGGCCGCAUGAAAAUCGUAAACGAUUUCAUGGAAAAACGCGCAGUAUUACAAAACCUCUUAAUCAAAUACACCGAAGGUGAAAGACAACAUCAGCACAUGCGAGAAUACGCCCAAGGCGAACACACCUGGUACAAACGCCUCAACGUCUCCCACGGCCUCGAAGACAUGCCUCUGGACGCAUGGGAUCGCGGAAAAUGGUUCAACCCCACCACCGGCGAGGAACAAAUUGUCCCAGGUGGCGCCAGCUUGACAAAAAUGGAAGAGAUUACAGAAGAGUAUCUCACUCGGCCUUAUGACAAGGACAUUGACUCCUACGCUCCCCCCAGCACGAUGCUGACGCAAGCGGCUCAGAAAUUGGUAUUGCAGCGACGUGCGAGAGAGGAAUUGGGUGGGCCGAGAUGGGAGACUUUUGUCGGGAAAAAAAAGUGGACUUGAGAAGCCACUCGCUUUUACGAGCAAGAUGAGAAGAAUGAAGAAGAAGAUAUAUGAGACUCAACUUGAAGAUAUAUGAUAUAUCCCACCAAUAUAAGUCGAUC